CGGCAACUAAUCAGCGAUUUUGUCAUAAUAAUUAUUACGAGUCUCGUCUCUAUGUUCUUAUGGUCUUACCAGUUACCACCUUUUCUGAGCAACUUUCAAUGGGAGCUCGAAAUUUCCAGAACAUAUGCCGAAUAUUGUACUAAACGCAACCCGUGACGAACCCAUCCACGUCCAGGCAAACCACACUCCCCUUUAACCAUCUCGAGAAACUUCUAUUUCAGAAAUUUGAAAGAGGGCAGUAGAAAUUGGACGAUCCCGAAAUGAGAAAUCACUACAUUUAGGUUAACUAUUUCAAUUUUCGUGUUGAAGAGGGAUGGCGACAUUGACGGACAUUGGAGUAUCGGCGUUCAUAAACACGGUGACCGCCAUAGCUUUCCUGCUUGCCUUUGCUCUGUUAAGGAUUCAGCCCAUCAAUGACAGGGUUUACUUCCCAAAGUGGUACAUUCUCAAAAAGCGGAGUGAGGAGGACCCCGGCGGCGAAGGUCACAACUUCGUCGGCAAAUUCAUCAACCUCAAUCUCCGGACCUACCUGACUUUCCUCAACUGGAUGCCUCAGGCUCUGAAGAUGAAUGAAUCCGAUCUCAUAGGUCAUGCUGGCCUUGACUCUGCUGUCUUCUUGAGGAUUUAUACCCUUGGUUUAAAGAUAUUUGGACCAACAGCCAUUGUAGCUCUCUUGGUUCUUAUCCCAGUUAAUACUUCAGAUGGAACUCUAUUCUUCCUCCGUAAGGACCUGGUCGUUAGUGAGAUUGACAAUUUGUCCAUAUCCAACAUCAGGCCCAAAUCGAUGAAAUUUUUUGUGCACAUAGCAAUGGAGUAUUUGUUCACAUUUUGGGUCUGUUAUAUGCUAUACAAAGAAUAUGGCAGAGUGGCGUCAAUGAGAUUUAGUUUUCUGGCUUCUCAGGGCAGGCGAGUUGAACAGUUCACUGUACUGGUCAGAAAUAUACCACAUCAAUCUGGACACUCGAUAUCAGAUAGAAUCGAAACGUAUUUUAAAAAGACGAACCCGGAUCACUAUCUUUGCCACCAGGCUGUCUAUGAUGCGGGCAAAUUUGCCAAACUUGUCAGAAAACGAAAUAGGCUUAAGAAUUGGCUGGACUAUUACCAGAUCAAGUUUGAAAGAAAUCCAGAUAAGAGGCCAACCACUAAGAUAGGUUUCCUUGGACUAUUCGGUGCAAAGAUUGAUGCAAUUGACUACUAUAACCAUCAAGUUAGAACACUGGACAAAAGAUUGACAUUGAUGCGUGACAAGAUUUUGAAAGACCCAAAAUCCGUCACACCAGCUGCAUUUGUAUCAUUCAAUUCAACAUGGGCGGCUGCGGUUAGUGCUCAAACACCACAAAGCAAGAACCCCACAAUGUGGUUAACAAAUUGGGCCCCUGAACCUCGGGAUGUAUAUUGGAAGAAUCUUUCACUUUCAUUUCUUUCUCUAAGUCUACGGAGACUGAUAAUACCCAUAUCAGUGUUUGCCUUGGUCUUCUUUUACAUGAUACCUAUAGCUUUUGUGCAAUCGUUGGCUAACUUGGAAGGUUUAGAAAAGGUUGCACCUUUCCUUAGGCCAUUAAUCGAAUGGAAUGCCAUCAAAUCUUUCCUACAGGGCUUCCUUCCCGGUCUAGCUCUUAAAGUCUUCUUGCUUGUUCUUCCAAAACUUCUUAUGAUGAUGUCAAAAGUUGAGGGGCACGUGGCAGUAUCUGUGCUUGAAAGGAGGACUGCAGCAAAGUAUUAUUAUUUUAUGUUGGUCAAUGUAUUUCUUGGGAGUAUUGUGGCAGGAACGGCUUUCCAGCAACUCCAUGCUUUUCUUCACCAAUCUGCCACACAAAUACCAAGAAACAUUGGAGUAUCAAUACCCAUGAAAGCUACCUUCUUUAUAACGUAUAUAAUGGUUGAUGGGUGGGCUGGGAUUGCCAGCGAAAUUCUCAGGUUGAAACCUUUGGUCAUUUUUCAUCUCAAGAACAUAUUCAUAGUGAAGACUGAAAGGGAUAGAGAAAAGGCAAUGAACCCCGGGAGUGUAAAUUUGCACGAAACUCUCCCAACUCUUCAACUGUACUUUCUUCUGGGCAGUGUAUAUGCUGCAGUUACCCCAAUUCUUCUUCCUUUCAUACUAGUCUUCUUUUCCUUUGCAUACCUUGUAUACCGUCACCAGGUUAUCAAUGUGUACAAUCAGCAAUAUGAGAGUGCUGGUGCAUUUUGGCCAUUUGUUCAUGGUCGCAUAAUCGCAAGCUUAGUGAUAUCUCAACUUCUUUUGAUGGGCUUACUUAGUACAAAAAAAGCUGCCAAGUCAACUCCCUUGCUUUUUCUGUUGCCCAUUCUGACAUUAGCGUUUCACAAGUAUUGUAAGAACCGAUUUGAACCCGCCUUCAGAAAAUAUCCUCUUGAGGAAGCAAUUGAUAGGGAUGCGCAAGACCAUGUGUCUGAAUCAGAUACCGAAUUUAAAGCACAGUUGGCUGAUGCAUAUCUGCACCCAAUUUUCCAUUCAUUCACAGAAGUUGAUUUGGCCGAGGUUAAUAGCGUGAACGAAAAAAAUAGCCGGAGUCCAUUUGAUGAGUACCUACAUCCCCCCUCUCAAGCUCAUCAUUGCAAAGGUGGUCCAUUGUCGCUUUAAGAAGCAUCACAUAAUGUCCAAUGCCUUGAAGCUCGGACACCUAGUGAUGACGUUGUAUAUAAUGAGCAAUCUCAAAACGUCUAUCAUUGCAAUAUGGAACCAAACCAAUAUGGUAUACCAGUAAUUAUCUCGAUAUAGUUGAGGUUCUUUGCGGUGAGGGUGUGGUGUGGUGUGGGGGGUCAUAUGCAUCUCAACAUCCGUGGUGUUAUAAGAAGUCAAUGUAAGUAGGGAAGUUGAAAAGUUUGGUUAAGAAGUGAUGGGUGUCCCAUUAUUGGAUUAACAGAUCGGUUCACAAAUUUAGUUAGAAGAAUUUAAAACAUCGUCGGUCUGUUGGUCAUGUUCGAUAAUAGAGCAAUUAGUUAUAGUUUUUAUGUUUCCUACCUUUGUUCUAAAUUUGUUAGGUGUUAGGUGUUAACUGGGUGCUCAGGUACUGUCAAGCCUACCUAAUAUGGUUACCUUGGACCCAAUCCGGUUCUAGUUUAGUUCCAGACUGGCCGGUUCGAUCUGCAUGCAUAAAUGUAGUCGAUACCCGUGACUAUACAUGACUUUACCUAGUUUUGGACUGAUUUUGAGACUUUAGCCUAUUUAGGAUGUUUUUACUUAAACUGUAAUUUGCUUGUCUGGUCUGAUCUGGUCUGGUCUGGUUUCUUUGUAUUUUUAUAACUAUCCAAGUCUGCUCUGGUCUGGGAGGAAUUACAGUCCAAGUAAAAACAUCCUUACAAGGGGAAAAGGGAACUGGUCCAGUUUAGUCGUAGUUAAAGGAGCUAGAACCAAGUUGGACUGGUUCUAGGCAUCAGUUUCUUUUCAAAACUGAAAAGCGGGUAAUGGACCGGACCGGACCUUUACCUUCCAGGUCCUGGAAAUGAACUGGAGCUGGGCCUUCUUCGACAAGCGUAAAAGGGAAAUGAAACCCCACAUGAAUUUAUGGCAUGAUAGAUUGCACAGCAUGGCUAGUUCGUUGGGGAUGAUUCGGAUGAAUAGAUGAUAUACAACUCAUUUAUAUUGAUAUUUGGUAGUAUCAAUAUUUGACACGAUCCAAUAUUUGAUUUAUAUUAAAUCAUGAUGAUUAUCCCUACAAAAAACAGUGUUUUUGUUACGGAAGUUUGUCACAGAUUUUGUCGUGGAUAUAUCAUCUAGCACAUGAAAAACCUUUGUCACAGAAUA